UACAAAUGUCCGGAUUUUGGGGGUUGUCUGGGAAGGGAAGCGGUUUCCAUGGUGAUGGCGGCCUAGCUGCCUGACAGCUCUGGUGAGAGACCCGCGGUGCUGUAGAGGGGGAGCUGGAAGGUCGUGUUUUAUUACUAUGGAAAUUCUAGGAGUUUUAGAAGCAGAAGAUGUGCCGAAAGAAUCUAUGUGGUAUGCUUUAGCUCCCAGCGGAGAAGCCCCGAGCCCUCGUGUCGGUCAUACAUGUCUGUAUGUACCUGCCUCUGAUGCCCAAGGAAAGGGAAAAGUGGUCAUCGUUGGAGGGGCAGAUCCUGGCUGCUGCUACUCUGAUGCGCACAUCAUAAAUUUAGAUACCUAUGAAUGGGAUAACCCUGGCUGGAAGGAUCUGCUACCACGCUACGAACAUGCCUGCUUUACUUCUGCCAGUGAUCCUACUACAAUAUGGGUGUUUGGUGGAGCCGAACAGGCAGAGAACAGAAACAGCAUUCAGGUAAUUAGACCAGAAAGCUGUUCUUGGAAAAAUCCAAAUGUAGAAGGACCAUGUCCAUCCCCGAGGACGUUUCAUACAUCCUGUUCUGCCAUUGGGGAUAAGUUCUAUGUUUUUGGAGGAGGAGAGAAAGGCGCCGAACCCGCUGCAGACAACAAACUCCAUGUGUUUGAUACAAGCAGCCUGACAUGGACGCAGCCUGUGAUAUCUGGUAAUCCGCCUAAGCCACGUCAUGGACAUAUUAUUACAGCUGUAGGAACCAAGCUAUUCAUUCAUGGUGGGAUGGCAGGCAGCUCUUUUUUUAGUGACAUGUUCUGCAUUGACACAGAUACUAUGAAGUGGAAGCGGCUAAAAAUGAAGGGGGAUCUGCCUCCUGCUUGUGCUGCUCAUUCUUCAAUUUCCUGGAAAAAAUUCAUUUAUAUCUUCGGUGGGAUGACCGAAACUGGGCCCAUAAGCACAAUGUACAGGUUUGAUACAGAGGAACAUUUAUGGGCACAGAUGAAGUUUGACUCCCCAAGUCCCCCAGCAAGGCUAGAUCAUUCCAUGUGUAUGGUUCCUUGGAAAACAAGGAAAGACACUUCUGCUGAGGACCAUGAGUCGCAGACGUCUGUGCCAAUCUGCCUCAUCUUUGGUGGCAUGGACACUGCUGGGGAGCUGUUCAAUGACUGCUAUGUCACUGCACUACAAGAGUAGAAUAGCAGCGGUGGAUUCUAAAGUUUUCCAGACCUCAGGUCAUUUCAUUUCCAACUUUCACCAGAAUUGCAGACGAUACCAUGAGGAUUGGCAGCUUAUGUAUAAAAUGUAAUACGUGUACCUCUGCAACCAUUUUUUUUAUAUUUUGUUAUAUUGAGUUUAAGCAAAUAGUCUUAGAAAACAAUCUACUGUAAGGUUUGAAGUCACAUUCACAGCAAGUGACGUGAUGCUCCACUUUGAAAGGGCCUGGCAGUGCAAACGUUCCUAAAGUCAAAGUGCGGCAGUUGCAGAGAGAGCAGAGCAGAGCCUGUAGGAGUAAAGGUCCAUUCACACGUUCGUAAUGCUUUGCGGAUACACAAUACACCCAGCUCGCACCCCCCAUAGAACUGCCUAAUCUUGUCUGCAAUAUGUUCUAUUUUUUUUUCCCGGAGCCGCGGACCGGAAGUUCGGGGGUGCGCUCCGGAAAUGCGGAUGCGGCAAGCACAUAGUGUGCUCUCCGCAUCCAUUCUGUCCACAUGGAAUAAAUAGGUUCUACAGCCGUUCCAGAUAUUGCGGAACGGAUGCGGACCCAUUCUACGGACGUGUGAAUGGACCCCAACAGCAACACCCCCAUUGCUCUUAAAGACUCAUUUGCACAUGUUAAAACUUCCUUUGUCUUAGGCUUGUUUCACACUUGAUUUGUUAAUUCCGGUUUUUAGAUCUGGCAGAGGAUCUGUUUUUUUUAGUUAACAAAAAAAAAAAAAAAAAAAAGAAGAUCUGGCACCAUUGACUUAUUAUGAUUACUAAUUUUCACGCCGGAUCCAGUUUGUUCUGUUUGUAGCAAUUUUGUGUCUGGUCAAAAACGCAAUGGAAUGUAUCCUCAUCAAUUUUGUCACCAUUGACAAUGAAUGGGGGAUAAAACUGAUCCGUUUUGGCCCGGUUUUAAGACCCUUUGCCACAACGCAAGUGUGAAACAAGUCUCAGAAAUGCGGACACAUAUGAACACGGGACCAACACAGAUGUCUUCAGCCGCCAAGUGCACAUGCAGCAGGUAAACCAGUUUCAUAGGUACAAAACUGCUGACAGAUGCCCUUUAAGGAACUACAUUUGCGCAAAGAAAAGAGGCAGAAAUAUGGAUCCCAUAUUUUAGCAUCUCUGGAACAGAAUGUUUGCUUGUUGGCAUUUCUAACUAUUACUGCACGUCAGGACCAGGGGGAGUACUUUGAAUUGAUUGGGCAGCUGCCCAAAAAAUUUAAAAAUUAAAUAUGGAGGGGGGGGGGGGGACCACAAAUAUACCCCUGUCCAUUAUACAUACUUUAUCAAAUCUCUGCAUCCUUACCUGUAUGGUUGUGCAUCUGCUUCUCUCAGGUUGUGUGAAGACAUCCUCAAACUUUGGACCCUGUAUUCCAGUGAUCUCCAACCUGUGACAUUGCAGCUGGUGUAAAACUACAACAUGAGAGCAUGUUGAAGUUUAUAGCAGCUGGAAGGCCACAGCUCUAAUGUAUAACCUAUUAAAAUGUUGCUGCUACACUACAAAGCAUAGACUACAGUUACAUCUUUGCUAGCGGAUGCACAAGUGAACCUAGUAAUCAAUAACCAGGUUUGUACAAGGCUAAACUUCACCUUGUUUAUUAAGCAACCUCUGCCUGUAUGCCUUAUACACUACUCACAAGAAGUUAAGGAUAUUUGGCUUGUGGGUGAAAUUUCAGGAGGAACCUAAAAUGUACUCUAAACUUUUACAGGUGAACAUAAUGUGACCUUCUCAACUUUUGAAUUCACAUGUCCAACUAUUCAGUGUUUCAGUACUUGCCGUUCUCUAACAAGGAGCUUAACGCCAAAAUUCACAACAGAUCCAUGAAUCGCCCAAUAAAUUUCCUGGUUCAAUAAGAAUUGGUAUUUAAACAGUCCUCCUCAUCAUGCUGUUCACAUUUUGACAUCAUGAGACCAAGAUGUCACAACAAUUGAUUAACUGUACCUCGCCAUUGCAAGGCUUCAAGCAGGAGG